AUGACUGAAACGAAUUCCUCUCCGGUCCUCGCAGGCCCCAUUGGCGAUUGUUGUGUCCAGGGUGUCAAACACACCGGCGAGCCAGCAGGGAAGACGAUAUCCAUCGCCGACGUGCCUAUUUAUCUAUCUGAGCCACCGAGCCCACAAGAAGGGAGGAAGAAAGUCAUUCUGUACUUUCCGGACGCCUAUGGGCCCUUCUUCGUAAAUGCGAAGCUUCUUCAGGACUUUUACGCUUCUCAAGGUUUCUACGUGUUGGGCAUCGACUAUUUCCUGGGAGACCCUAUCCAUCUGCACCUAGACUCACCCGACUUUGAUCGAGCAGCUUGGGUCGCCAAAUCGCAGAAACAGGCGGAGGAGGCUGUUCCAAAGUGGUUGAAGGCCGUCACGGAGCUGUACGGUCAGGACAGCGUGUACAACGCAGUAGGGUACUGCUUCGGAGGACCUUAUGCCAUUCAAGCCGCCGCGUUGGAGAACGUAGUUUCAGUUGCGUUUGCCCAUCCGUCGAGGUUGAACGAAGACCACUUCAAGAAUCUGACCAAGCCGCUGCUCAUGGCAUGCGCGGAAAUCGACAACACCUUCCCUCCCGCAUCAAGACGUAGAGCGGUCGAUAUUCUGGCCGAAAAGAAAUUGCCGUACCACCUCCAACUCUUCUCGGGCGUCGCACACGGUUUUGGAACUCGAGGGGAUCUCAAUGUCGAGAACAGUCGUAAGUCGGUGUAA